AUGAACGAUUUGCCCAGUCCGACGUCUGGCGGCGUUCCUCCAGCCCUCUCGCCCUUGGAUGCGCUUGCGCUUCGAGGUCGAUUGCUCGCCCAGGAGUUUGACAGGAAGAACAGUGGUGGGCGUCGUAUUAGCAGGCUGCCGCCGCUCACCAUCGCCAACGAGUUUGGGAACCGCCCGGACUUCUUUCGAUCCAUAUCGGGGGAGUCUACCAACUCUCAAUCGCUGCCAUUCCAGGACGAGCCAGACGAGCCAGAGUUCCAGGAAGAACACACGCCCCAGAGCGCACGCGAAACUCGGCCAGACAACAAGCACAAGUCUUUCUACCCUCAGAUUCAGUCGGAUGAGGCGCCGUAUGAGAAGACCUUCCCCUUUCGGAAUAACCUGUCAAAGGUAGACGAGGGGGAGCAACCCGUGCCUAACCACCAGGACUACUUCGCCAUAUCUAGGACACAUUCGCCAAUGCCAGCGGAGCCCCGUAUAGGGCCCGUCCAAGAAGCUACUCCAGUCACCCCUGGUUCACAUCUCGGCCAAAAUGCAACAUACCCGUUCACUUCUAAACAGGCUCCUAAGCAAAGUACACUUGCUAUUGAUUCCGUGGCUGCACGAGGCUAUGGAUCAAAUGCUCUUCAGCCACCACGGUCUCCGGCACCGUCAAGGUCACCUCGCGUUUCCCCUAGCAUCCGCUCGGUUCCCGGCGACAGCUCAGAUGAAGUCGAGGGCAUGUCCCUAGGAGGCUCAUACGACUCACUUCCGCGACGACAAAUGUCUACAAAUUCUUCUUUCUCACACCCUUACUCUCCAGGAUCCCCAUUCAUCAAUAAUUCUAUUCCUCGGUCGCCUUCUAUAUCAUCCGAAUAUUCGGUUGGGGGCACACAACUACCUCGCCCUGCUUUCAACUUUUCUCGGCCACUCAGCAGUGCUAGCCGGCCUUCCUUUGACAUCCGGCCCUCAUUUGAAGGGCCCUCUCGGCAAACGUCAGACGAGAGCGCCAUGAUGAGGCCUUCUUUUGACAGUUCAAGGCAGUAUGCCAAUGACAGUCCUCUCACGAAUUAUUCAAACGACGUCGUGCACACCCCUGUGAGCAUGACUAGCGAAGACUUCCGCAGAUCGUCAGACUCGCAGAACCACCCGGUACCAGCUUAUACCUAUUCCCGAUUUGAUCUACCCCGUGGACGAGAACCUCAGCGAGAGUCAAUCAACGCAGCUGAUUUCUUAAACAAGCAGAUCCAAUGGGACCAACCUCAAAACGGCAAUGGUCCUAGCAACGCACCUACAUCGCGGACACGGCCACCUUCACCACCAUCACCACCUCGCUCUAUGGACAGACCUAGAAGUCAACCCGCACCGCCAGCUGCGGUGUCUCGUACCUCAUCAGCAGAACGUCACGGUGCGCCUUCACUCACAUCUAGCAAUAGUACAAUCCGGCCAAACCGGCCUACCGGUUCUGGUGAGGUUACUGCUGAACAGCAUCUGGACCGUGGGAUUGCCUGCCAUGAAGCUGGGUCUCUGAAAGAGUCAACCUACCACCUUCGCCUUGCUGCGAAGGCUGGCCUCCCAACCGGAAUGCUCCUGUAUGCCCUUGCCUGCCGCCAUGGAUGGGGUAUGCGCAAGAACGAAGCCGAAGGUGUGUCAUGGCUACGCCGUGCUGUCGACAUUGCCCAGCUAGAGGUAGCUGAGGACGAGGACCAGACCAAACAAGGCAAACCCUCGGAUAUCAUGGAACGCAAGACUCAUAAAGCCCAAUUUGCAUAUUCCAUAUAUGAGCUUGCUCAAUCGUACGCAAACGGAUGGGGUAUUCAGCAAGAUAAAACUCUGGCAUUGCGGUGCUAUGAAAUUGCUGGAAACUGGGGAGACCCAGAUGCCCUCACCGAGGCUGGUUUUUGUUAUGCACAGGGGGUCGGAUGCAAGAAGGACAUGAAGAAAGCGGCGAAAUUUUACCGAAUGGCAGAAGCGAAGGGAGUGAGCAUGGCUGGGAACAGUUGGCAAGAGAAGUACAUGGACGACGCAUCCUCAGACGCGAGGUCUACACGAUCAGGUCGCUCUUCGAAGAAAGACACGUCAGAGAAGAAGCCUCGCGACAAGUCACGGACGCGAACUAUCUUUGGCCGAAAGAAGAGUUUUGCGACAUAG